ACAUGCGAUCAGCUGAUGGUCCAAAAUGAUUCUUUAUUUUUAUUUCUGUUAAGUAACACUGAAGAGCCAAAACUUUUCGGUGAACUUAAGCAAAUCACUUUACAUAUGCGUUGUCGUCGUACGAUGAGCCACCAUAUGCACCGCCAUCUUGGUGACGUCACGUCCGCAGUCAUAUUGCGAAUAGGUUAUGCUUCCAAUUACAAAAUGACUGAGUCCGACGAAAUAUCAAAUAAACCAAUACUUUAUGAACUAUUGGAAUAUUUUAUUCGAAAGCAAGAACCGGAAUUAAUAAAAUGCAAAAAUGAUGUCGUAAUUUUACCUACAACUGGCACAAUAAAAAAUGCACUCAGGUAUCUUAAUAACAGGUAUUCUUUACCGGAAAGUAUAUCACAACAAAUCAGUCUCACGUUACCAUGGAAAUUGGCAAUCGGAGAUUCUGGACGUGUACUUUCUCUUUUGCAAGAAAAUGUGAUAGAAAUUAGGAAGGCAAAAGAUGAAUAUUCUUCAAUCGUUGGAAAAGCUUCUGUACCAAAGGAUGCUUUUCCACAAUGGAGAAAAUUGGCUUGGAGUCCAGAUGGAACACUGUUAGUAUUAGCAUCAAGCAAUGGCUAUACUUCUUUUUACAAUGGAUUGGGAAAUAAUGUUUUUAAUAUUAGUCCUAAGACUGUGUCCCAAAACCCCCAUAUUUUGGAAGCUGGUGAUGCAAUUGCGUCUAUGAUCUUCCUUAAACCAAAAACAAAAACAGAGAAAUGGUCUUAUGAAUUUUUGUUAAUCACAUACAGUGGUUUAGUCAGAUCAUAUUAUGUGUCAGCUGUUAAUGGGUUUGAAGCCAACUAUGAAUUUUCUUUUGGCACCUUUUACAAGAAUGGUGUAAAUUCUGUUGUUUAUGACGAAAAACAUGAUUUGUUUUAUGUUGCUGGGAAUACGUUCACCCAAAAAGUAAUGUCAUCAGCCUCAGAUAGCGGACUGACAUCAUGGAGACCACUAAAUGAAUAUCCGUACUGCAAAUUGUCUUUCACUUUCGACGAUGAUUCGAAAAACAAGCCAGUAUUUUCCAUAUGGAAUAUUAUUCCAACACUAACUUCGAUACCGGAAUCAAUCAUAUUCAAAAUGAAAAUUUCACCAAACAGUUGUUAUUUAACAUGUUUACAUACGGAUGGCUCCAUAUCUUUAUGGAGAUUGCCAAAUUUAUUGAUACAAAGGAAAUGGAAAUUAUCAGAACAACCAGAUUUUAAUAUACCCAAUCCUUUGGGACAUGCAAAGUCAAAAAAAUAUCCACCAGGCAUUACUGAAUUUCAUCCAGUAGAUAUUGGCUGGUGGUCUGAAGAGGCAAUUAUAAUUGCAAGAUGUUCAGGACCUACUUCCGUAUGUUCUAUAAAAAAUCUGAAGAAUCUUUUAGGUACAUGCCCUGAAUUUUUAGCUGAACAACUACAAAUAUGUGAACUCGGUUCAAACCGAGGUUUGUUGUGUUUGGAUUGUGAAACAUAUGUAACAAGUAAAAAACGAAAUAGGGAAACCAAUGCAGAAAAUCAAACAUUAGAGGCCUCGUCGGAGAGUGAGGAGGAAACUGAUGAAUUGGAAGCAACCAAUAUAUUAAAUUAUACAACACAUUUAGUUCAAAGUACUUUAUACUCUAUUACAGACAUCGAAAGAUUUCAACCAAAAAGAAAGAAAUCUAAGGUAUUGUUUAGAACGUACAGAAUCCUGGGACUGAAAAGUACGACACCUGAAGAACUUUAUUCUCGUAAAAUUGAUAUAGAGGAAUAUGAAGAAGCAUUGGCUUUAGCCAAUACGUAUAAUUUAGAUACUGAUCUAGUGUAUCAAACGCAAUGGCGCAAGUCGGAAUUAUCUUUAAAUGCUAUUCAAGAACAUUUGAGUAAAGUCACCAAAAGAUCAUGGGUUCUAUGUGAGUGUAUUACGCGGGUUCCAGAUACUAUAGAAGCAGCAAGAGAACUGUUAAAUUUUGGUUUAAAAGGUGCUAAUGUAGCAACUUUAGUAGCAAUUGCAACCCAUGACAAUGGAAAGUUUGUAAUAGAUAACGCCGACGAAGAUUGGGGUGAAUUGGAUGAAGCCAGUAUUAGUUUACGGCAAAUACAGAAAAUGAAUCAGACACUUGAAAAAAUCGACAUAAAAAAUUUAUCCGAAGCUCAAAUGGACUUGAUUAGAUACAGAAGAAAACUAUUAGAUCACUUGGAUAAAUUACUUACAUAUGAAAUUAUUUUAAACUCCUCGUCAACGUACGAUAAAAAAUUUUAUGAAGAAUUCCGGCAGCUUUCGUCUAUCGAAAAUGCAAUUAGAUUUGCAAAGGAUGGAGAUUGUCGGGCAGUCGAAAUUAUGUUCACGUAUCACGGCAAAAGUCUUUUACCUCAUUGGCUAGCAAUCAUUAGCUUCUUUCCAGAAACAUUAAAUCCAUUAAAAUACAAGAAACUUCUACCGGAGUGUGAUAUUGAUGGACAAUUGUUUCUGCUCGAUCAAUGUGAAUUACGUCAGAUGGACUGGGCUGAGAAAGCGGAUUUUAAUGAGAUAAUUAAUUGGGAAAGCGAUGACAAGUCGCAAUUAAUUUAUGAAUACAACCCAUCACUAUCUACAUACAGAAACACAUUGCUUACACCAGAAUUAUUAAAAACAUGGUACGAAUCAAGAGCUUAUGAAAUUGAAAGAAAUAGUUGUAUGAUCGAUAACGCUCUGCAAUUAAUAAAGAUUGCUAAAGCUCACAAUAUUAACGGUUUAGAAAAAUUAUUAUUGGAUUUAGAGACGUCCGAUGAUCUCAUUUACAAAGUUUAUUUAGAAGAUUUAUCAUUAGAUCAGUUACAAAAAUUAUCUGAUUUGGAAAAAGUUAAACUGUUAAUGAGUAAGACUACCGAGAAGAGUUUUGUUGAAGAUAUAAAAAAUUUUUUAUUGCCAUUUAUAAAGAGACGACAUGCAUACAUGGGCGGUGAAUUAGAGAAACAUUUGUUCAGUGAUUAUUUAGUAUCCAUUAGUAAAGAUAAUUUAAAAUUAUCGGUCAAGCUUUUUGAGUAUUUGAAAAAAACUCGCGAUGGAGAGAUUUUUCAAAUGAUAGAUGAUAUUGCCACUUUGGCGUUAGACUGUAUAUACGCUUGCAAUGAUCCUGACAUGUACGAAAAAGCCAUGAGUAUUAUGGAUUCAAUCGCUAAAGAUCGUGAUGGGCGUAGAAAAAGUGCCGUGUGCUCUCUACUCGAAGAGCUUGAUAGAGAACUUGACUGUACAAGAAUUUUGGAUAAAUACGGCGUUAAGACAACGUUGCAUGAAUUGCGAAAGAAUAAAAGUAGCCCUGAAACUGUGGAGCAGCUAUUGAUCCAAAUGGCAAGAAAUUUAAACAAAAUAACUCCAUCCCCAGAUGAGAAACAAUGGGCUCAGUUAUUAAACGAAAUGUUAGAAAUUCAUGCUCUGUUUUUCAACUGUGUUGAUAUAAAUGUAGAAAUAUGUUUCGAGAUCUGUGUGUCAGCGCGUUUGGUCUCGGGUGUUAAAUCCAACAUACAGAAUUGCGCCGCUUUAAUCGAAACAUCGAAGAACGAACAGUCUUUGUUGAAAGUAUCCUACAAUAAAGCAGUAAAUUUAAUUUUAGAUGCCAGCAAAGAGUAUUUUAAUAGCUCGAAAUCGCUAACCGAUUCUAAUAUGGAAUUAGCUAAAGCUUGUCUUAACCUAAUUGUAGAUGAUAAUGCCCAAAUUAAAGAAGAAUAUGACCUCAUUAACUCACUUCAAAUUUUGAAUGAAUUCAACAUCGAUAUUUUACCGCUUCAAGUGCGAUUAAUGCAAGAUCGAUUAAAAUUGAUACAGGACUGUUUAAAUAAACGAGAAGAUGCCCAUAAAAGCCGGCAUAGAUUAUUAACGUUGGCGAGUUACUUACGAAUAGAAAAAAAUAAUAAGAGAACGCGAGAAGGAAAGGUCUUAGAAUUAAUUGCAAAAAAAGCGCUUGAGGUAAAAGACUUUAAUGUCUGUGCUGCUACGUGUCAGCAAUUAAUGCAAAAUAACUAUAUUCCUGCAUGGGCCGUCGCUUUAGAAUUAGGUUUUUGUGAAGAUUACGACGAUCUACAGAUUAGACAAAAAUGUUUAUGGUUCGCAAUAAAUAAUGGACCUAGCGAUGUGUUGAACAAAGCCUUGGAUCAGAUACAUCUAAUAGAAAUACAGAUCUUAAAUAAAAAUUUAGAAUUAUGGAUACCACCCGAUUCAUUAUUCGACGACUUGAAUGAUGGUGAUAGCGAAGACGAAUUUACUGAUGCAUUAACUACUCCACAAGUAGAAACUAAGGAAUUCGUGCCAAAAGUACUAGAGGCUUCUACUGAAAUAGUAAAAACUUCAGCGAACGUCGUGGAAUCGACGUUCGGUUUAAUAAGAAAUAUGGGUGACAGAAAUUUUUGGAAAUCUAAACUGAAAUAUAAUUUUUCGAAUAAUCAAGAUAACGAGCCUGGACACGAUGGUAAAGAACAUUGUACAGAAGAUUACGAUGUUCAAAGUUUCCCAUGUUUUUACGAAGACUUACAUAAAAAUUGUAGAAUUAGUAAUCUUGAUACAACGUACACAGCGUACUCUCAACCAGAUUUGGAGAACACACAGCUCAAAUGCUGUCGUGCUUUUUUAAGAAUAACAAUGUUAAGUGAGUCGUCUUGUUACGGAUUAGAAGUGAGUGAUAUAAAUCAUUUAUUUCUAGAGUGUGUAAAAUACACUAUACAACAAGACUGGUUACUAGGCAUGGCAUACUUGUUUAAUGUUAAAAAACAAUGCCUAGAAGAAGUGCAAAGUCUCCUAACAGAAUUACCAGAUACAGAAUUAUACAUUCAAACUGCGAUGUACUAUUAUGCUUUAAAAAUAUAUAGGAGUUUAAAUUUAGAUUUUGAAAACUUGUUUUUGUUCGAUCCCUCAAGUCUAAUAAGGGAAUCGAUGUCUAUAGCACAUAAGUGCAAAGAAUCUAACAUCUAUGAAGCAUUUAAGUAUUGGCAAAUGCGUUUAUUCGAAAAAUAUGGAAUAAAGAAGACAGAUUCUUUUCAGUCAAAUGAAGAGACCAUAGAUUACAGUUCAGAAAACUAUAAAAAAGAUGAAUUUGCUUCAGCAUCCAUUCAUGAAUCAGAUGUAACUAUUGAAAAUGAAGAUUCGCAACAUGGCAGAAAGAGUAAUUUGUCCGAAUCUAAUGAUAAAAAUGACCUAGAAUGGACGGAUGACUGGGGAAAUUUUUCAGAUGAAGAAAUAAUAGAUAAUGUCGAAAGCAAAAGAAAUAUUUUAGACGAAGAAUUGUAUACGGAAUACAAAAUUUCUGUUCUAAAAGAUAUUGGUGAAUGUGCAACAGAAAAAGAUCGUUUCGAAGUUUUUGAAAAAGUGUUCAACAAAAUACAAAAUAUUGAUCAUUUUUAUGAAGUAAAGAAACUGGUGUUACACUGGCCAAUAUUUGAAGAUUCUGAAUAUACGGGAAUCGACAAACAUCCAGUCUUAAGAAUGAUGAAAAUAGUUCAUGUUCAUGUUAAGGAAGGAUUUUUACAAGAAUAUAAAGAACUAAUAGGAGCACUGCCUUCAACAAAUAUACUCAAGGAAUUUUUGGACACGAGAGAAAUUCCACUUGAACAUAUAAUUUAUAUUCAACUGGAUUUGGAUAAUUUAGAAUUCCAUCAAGAGGCUGUGAACAUUCUAAAAGAAAAAUAUAAAGAAUUGAUUUUACCAUCACCAAUCCUGGAAAUGUUGUUUUUGAAAAAUUUAACAGCAUUUUUCGAUCCAAAUCACGAAGUAUAUAAUCGAAUCAUUGAGCACGUUUUUAUAAAUCGGUCUCUUACGAAUAUAAGAGAGAACGCAGAAAUUCUUGUACACGAACUGAAGAAAAGAAAACAUAUUUCUCAUGCAUUGUGCAUAAUUAGAUUGAUGGAAGAUAUACCACCAUCGUUAUGUACAUUUGAUACGUGUUACGAACUGCUUAUGAGAAAAUAAUUGAUAUACUAACUAGAGAAGAAUUCAAAUAUAGGAGAGGUUGCGAUUUAAUAUGUUGCAUAAAAUAAUUCUUUUUAUCAAAACUUGAAGAAUGGGAUAUUGGUAUGAAGCUUUUAAACUUGGUCCUAUGUAAAAACACAUUUUAAACUACAUGUACAUAUUAAUAAUUGUUACGGUGUAUUAUUUGU